AUGCAGGAAAAGUGGCGUCCAGUUGGGCUGCCGCCGCCGCUCGAGACGGAGCCGCUGGUUCAGCAGAACCUUAGCACGCGCUCACAGCUGGAGGCGUGGGUAGAGGCUCAGAAAACGCGUAUACUGGAGGAAAAGCGUACCGACCAGCUGCAGUCGCAGGAGCACGCGCGUGCCUCGGAUGAAGCUCAACGGAAGCGCGAAAUGUUGCAGAUCGAGCACCAGAAAAUCUCAGCUGAUACGCACGCCAAGGAGAGGGUGGUGAGCGCGAGUGAGGUGGAGAUCGAGGUACUGCGGGCCGAAAAGAGUCGACGCGAGCCCGUGGUUAAGCAAUUGUUCGAAAGGACAGUAGAGGAGGACAUGAAACUCAAGCAAUUACAGGAGGACUCGCAGAGACAACGCACGACGCAGGAGCAGCAGCUACAGGAGCUCAAGCAAGGCCUCGCUAUGUAUCAAAGACUUGGACUGUUCUUCGAGCAUGCAGCAACGGACCGCAUCGUGGUGCGGUUCACGCAGAUCGACGCGCAGAAUCCGAAUCGCGAGUUCUCAUUCCGAAUCACGAUCGACCCGAUCACCGAUCGAUAUAUUGUGGACUCUUGUAGUGAGAAUGUGGCGUCGCUGAACCUAUUGGUGACGGAUCUCAACGGGAACGGCGACUUGGCGCUUUUCAUUCGCUCGAUGCGACGUCAGUUCAAGCAACUCGUCUAA